AUGCGCCUCAACCAGGCGGUAUCUCUAGGCCACUCGGCAGUGUUGCUACUGCCUUUGUUUUGGGGCCAUGCUGCAGCGCAGUCUGUCAGUUUCUCCGACACCUCGGACCUGAGCUUCUUCACUGGAACCCGAACCAAAACCAGUGUAGCGACUGGGCCUCCAAGCAGCAUUUAUGCUACGUACAAUUCCAAGAUUACUCUGACAGGCGCGACGAGUGCUUCCGUCACUGGAACCUAUACAGAGCGCCUGUCAUCAACAGAGUCAUCCAUAUCGACGACGACAGCUGGAAAUGCAACAGUCUCAUCAACGAGCAGCUCUGCAGCGCCAACAAACACUCAGCCAUGCAACGGCUAUGUCGAGCUUUGCACACGCAAGUACAGCAACAUCACGGCCGUGGGGUGCCACAACUCUCCGUUUGUUCGGCCUGGCAACACUGGCUCCAACCAAGAACUGCCUGUCAAGACCCAGCUCGACGAUGGUGUUCGCUUUCUGCAGGCCCAGAUCCAGUUUCCUGUAAACGGCUCUGUGCCUCAUUUCUGCCACACAUCAUGCGACCUUCUUGAUGCUGGGCCUAUCAACGAAUGGUUGUCUGAGGUUACGGAGUGGGUGGCUGCCCAUCCGUACGAUGUCGUGACCAUCCUGCUCGGCAAUGGCAACUACUCUCAUCCUUCCCUGUAUGCUCCGUAUAUUGAGCAAUCUGGCAUCACGACAUACGCCUACCAGGCGCCAUACCUGCCCAUGUCCUACGACGACUGGCCGACCCUCGAGUACCUUAUUGUUAGGGGCAAGCGUGUCAUAAUGUUCCUAGACUACAGCGCCGAUCAAAACGAAUAUCCAUGGCUUUUAGAUGAGUUCUCGCAGGUGUGGGAGACACCAUUCGACCCAACCGACGCAAACUUCCCAUGCACUGUACAGCGACCGCCGGAUUUAAGCGACGAGUCCGCUCGGAAUCGCUUGUACAUCAUGAACCACAACCUGAAUGCCGAGUUCAAUGUCUUCUCUACCCAGCUGCUUGUCCCUGCAGUUUCUCUACUCAACCAGACCAACAAUGCAACGGGUAACGGGAGCCUGGGCAUGGCUGCCAACAACUGCCGGUCAGACUGGGGCCGCGCACCAAAUGUGCUUAAUGUCGACUACUACAAUUACGGCGACCCUCCCGGUUCGGUUUUUGAGGUUGCAGCCCAGAUGAACAACGUCACAUAUGACUGGAACUGCUGCGGGCAGGUUUCUGCUGCCCAUGUUCUCGGAGCUGCCGGCGCAUGGGUGUCGCUCGCGCCUAUUUUGCUAUGCACGUACAUACUCUGGUGGUAG